AAAAUCUUCUCUGUUCAAGAAGGUCUGCCGAUACUAUCUGUGUGGUUUCUGCCCAGCUGAGCUAUUCACAAACACCAGGUCUGAUCUGGGCCCUUGUGAGAAAAUCCACGAUGAAAAUCUUAGAAUAACGUAUGAGAAAAGCUCCCGGUUCAUGAAGGAGGGCUAUGAGCGGGACUUCCUGCGGUAUUUGCAGUCGCUCCUGGCAGAGGUGGAACGGCGGAUUCGCAGAGGGCAUGCCCGGCUUGCGCUUUCCCAGGCUCAGCAGAAUGCAGGGGGUCCUGGUCCAUCAGGAAAGAAUGAGGAGAAGGUCCAGGUUCUAACAGAGAAGAUUGAAGACCUAGUUGUGCAGAUUGAGGAGCUGGGGUCGGAGGGCAGAGUGGAGGAGGCCCAGGGAAUGAUGAAGCUGGUGGAGCAGCUGAAGGAGGAGAGGGAGCUGCUCAGCUCCACCCCCUCGACCAUCGAGAGCUUUGCAGCCCAGGAGAAGCAGAUGGAGGUGUGUGAGGUGUGUGGGGCCUUCCUCAUUGUGGGCGACGCACAGUCCAGAGUGGACGACCACUUGAUGGGCAAGCAACACAUGGGCUACGCCAAGAUCAAAUCCACUGUGGAGGAGCUCAAGGAGAAACUACGUCGUCGCUCAGAGGAGCCCCAAGGCGAAAGCCCAGCCCUUAAGAGGGACAGAGAAGACCGUGAGCGCGAGAGGGAGGAACGGGAGAAGAAGCGCAAAGAGGAGGAAGAGAAGGAGAAAGAGCGGGAGAAGGAGCGUGAAAAGGAGAGGGAGCGAGAGAGAGAGCGGGAGCGUGAGAGGGAGAGAGACAGAGACAGAGACAGAGAACGGGACAGAGAUAGAGACAGGGACAGGGACCGGAGAUCACGGCGAAGUCACUCCAACAGCCGCCACUCGAGUCGCGCAUCCGACAGGAAAAGGAGCAGAUCCCGAGAUCGCCGGAGGUCCAGGAGCAGAGACAAGGACAGGGAGAGGGAACGCAAACGCAGCAGGAGCCGAGACAGGGACAGGGAUAGGAGGCGCAGCCGCGAGCGCUCUGACAGAAAGCGUCGCUCCCGCAGUCGCGACAGGAGGAGGUCGCGCAGCUCAGAGCGCAAAUCUCAUCGCCAUCGCAGUCGCAGCAAGGACAAG